UAAGGUAGGGCGCUGAGGCAAGAGGUGACGUCAACACUUCGUCUAAACAAAAGGAAAAAGAACAUAAAUAGCAAAGUCUGGUGGUACAACAGCACUAGUGGUGUGUCUGACGGCUGGUAUAUUUCACGCAAAGAUCGUCGUUUUCUUUCUUUCUUUUUCUUUUAAAGAGGAACCUCCAGACUACCAAAGAUGCUUCGAGAAUUGGUGGUUUUUACUCUGGUGUCGCUGGCGGUAGGAACACCGAUCUCUAAGGACCAGCUGUUGGCGGAGCUACGGAGUAUCAUAGAGCCGUUCAGUUGCUCCGGUCGGGCCCAGGCCAUGUACAGCGACCCGGCCGACUGUACCAUGUUUUACGAGUGCGUUGAGGGACACCCUGUGUACCACCGAUCAUGUGCUCUCACGGGAACCGUGUUCGACCAGGGGGACCAGAUAUGUGACUGGCCGGAGCACGUGCCGCCUCCCUGCGGGACCGAGCCUGUGCCCGUGACGACCGAAGCCCCGCCCCCUCCGCCGUUCACCUGUGACGACAAGUUACCGGGCACGUACCCGGACGUCACCAACUGCCGCAAGUACUGGGAGUGUGUACCCGGUCACCCCGCGUACAACCGCCCAUGCGCACUGCAGGAGCUGGUCUACAACCCCGAAACUGGCGUCUGUGACUGGCCGAGGGACGUGUCUGGGCCAUGUGGGGAGCUGCAGCGCAAACGGACGUUGAAUGGUACUGACGAAAACAGUGGUACUGACGAAAACACUGGUACCGACGAAAACAGUGGUACUACCGAAAGCAGCGCCAGCGAGGAAACAGGUUUCAGCUGUGCUGGUCGGUCUGACGGUCUGUACAGCGACCCUGAAGACUGCGCCAUGUACUACGAGUGCGUGUCGGGCCAUCCCGUGUACCACCGGCCCUGCGCCAACCACGGGACCGUCUUCGACCAGGCCGACCAGAUCUGCGACUGGCCAGAGAACGUUGCGCCGCCUUGCGGGACGGAGGGCAUCUUCACGUGUGCUGGUAAGGCCCCCGGCAGCUACCCAGACCCGAGCGACUGUGCCAAGUUUUACCAGUGCGUAGUGGACCAUCCGGAACCCUUCCACUCCGACUGUCCGGCGGGGGGUCUGGUGUUCGACCCCGAGAAGAAAGUCUGCGAGUGGCCGUGGACUGUGGCUCAGCCUUGCGGGUACAAGACGGACUGAGACGAUCGGUCAUGCAAGGCAGAAAAAACACCAAACAUCGUUCUAACUUGAUAGAGCUGAGUAAUACUAGUAGUAAUAGUGUAAACCCAGAUGUGGUCUUCAACAUACACAUGGGUCGACUUUUGUAACUUUUUGCACAAAAUAAACGGAGCAUGUUUC